ACCUCGUCAGUUGUCAUUCACUUCAACCACUUUGUUGUAGCAGUAAGGCUCGAGGUUAGAGCUCGACAACACCACUUGGCGACGCCGAAACAGCUUGUCGAUUGUCGACAAACACGGUUGCGAUCACCAUCACCGUCGUCCGGAAGUCGAAACCGUAAACAAAUACCACGGUCGAUUAGCUUUUGAACUUUACUCGACCGUAACAACACGAACACACACCUAAAAUCGGCAGAUCUGGGCUGCUUUCAAAAGCUCACAGGACGCUCUGGGGCGGAGCUGGGGAUGUCGAAGCGGUAGAGAACUCGACUGGACAUCAUUCCACGUCGAUCUGGCCGGGCAAUAGACCGAAUUCUGGCAAUUCCGUACUUCGAGCUAGGAGCUAGAUAUCCCAUAUACAACAAGCACAACGACCAAACAUCGACAAAGGUCUUCCCGAAAUGAGCUCUGCACGAAGUACCACCUCUGCGUCUACUUCGACGGAGGAUCCGCCUACCCGGCAUCUCCUCCCCCUCCCCUCGCUCACUUCCAAGCUCCACCUGACCCCUUACACCCAUCCCACCCCGACUUCCUCCUCGACCCCUCCACCUCUGCCUCCUCGUUCCCGGAUAGAUCCAUCGAUGAUCCAAAAAGAACCACCGCUCCCCUUAAGCAGGUUAGGGGUCAAGGGUCUGGUCAAAUGGGGGAGAGAUAACUGGGCGGAUGUCGGCUGGUUUCUAGGGAAGAAGGGGUGGGACAUCGGAUGGAGUCUGGUCAAGUAUGGAAUUUGGGGACCGCCGAGACCUAGUUGGGGGAUCGAGAUGACAACAAUCGCAGCGAUCAUGCGGAACCUAGGCCAACACUCUUCCUUGGCGGAUAUUACGCUCAUCAGAAACUUUAUCUCGAUACACCAUCUGUUGCCACUACCGCCCGAUGCGAUCGUCACGCCCGUGCGAUUCGAGGUUAGGAAGAGGGAAGGGGAUGAAGAGGGGUUGAAGGGGUUCUUGGCCAACCUAGAUGCAGAAGAAGACGGCAUCCGGACCCUCUCCGGCGAAUGGGUCGUCAACAAGUCGGUCUGGAAACGACUACGUUCAGAGGCACGCGAGAGGGAGGCAGAGAGGCAGCAGCGCAGGAGGGAAAGAUCGACCGAGGGGGCCGCAGCGGGUCUCAAUGCGAGUGGGAGCGGGAGUGGGACUGGGCGAGCGGGUGGGAACGAUGCGAAUGAGCGUGGUGGAAGUGGAAGUGAAAGUGGCAGGAAAACCGGGUUGGUGCUUGAUACUAGCGUCGCUCCGGCCAAAGAUGAAGGAAAGGGAAAGACGGCGAGGGGGAAGAAGGAGGAGAAGGUCAUUUAUUAUAUCCAUGGGGGAGCUUAUUACGUCGGACAAGCUACGACGCAUCGAACGAUCACCAUCGCGCUUUCGAAACAUUGCAAUUGUCGGGUUUUUGCCAUCAAUUAUAGGCUGGCGCCCGAGGUCAGGUUUCCGGAACCUUUGUUGGACGUUGUUUAUGGGUACUUCAGAUUGGUUGAGGAUCUGCGUAUCGAGCCGAAGAAUAUCAUCGUCAUGGGAGACUCGGCCGGAGGCGGACUAUCCCUCGCACUGGUCAUGUACCUCAGGGACGCGGGCUAUCAGAACCUCUUGCCACGAGCGAUGGUUUUGAUGAGUCCCUGGGUGGAUCUGACGAUGAGCUGUGGGAGCUGGGAUGAGAAUGCAGAGUUUGACGUCGUGCCCAUACCCGGACAGGAAGACCACCUGAAUCCGGUGUCUUGCUAUCUUGGACCCGAGGGAAUCAAGAAAUACCUCACGCAUCCUUACGCCUCGCCAUUGUUCGGAGACUUUACUGGCUUACCUCCUAUGCUCAUGCAAGCUGGCGACGCGGAAUGCCUUCGCGAUGAAAUUACGCUGUUGGCUUAUAAAGCUACACUCGCCGGGGUAGAGGUUCAACACGAACUGUAUAUCGACCAAGUUCACGUCUUUCAAUCGUUCCCCUUCUUGGAAAGCUGCGGAGUCGCCUUCAAAUCGAUCGCCAAGUAUGUCAAAGGGCUACAAGAGACGGGUCCGAGCCUUCUUCCCCAAGCUUCAGAGAAACCUGUCCCGCACAUCCAGACGACUCUUCCAGACCGAUCGGCACCCCUCUAUACACCCGUCGACGAAGAUACCGUGGCCUCGGAGAUGGCGCUUGGCGAGACCAAGCUCGUCAAAUCGGAUGGGACCGAGGUCGAUAUCGAUGAGGCCAAGGAUGACGAGGUCGAGGGUGUCAACGAAAAGGCGGAGCAGAUCUUGCAGGAGACCAUUGAUAAGGAAGAAGCAGAGGAAGAGGAGGAGGAACAGCGAGAUAGCUUGUCGCCGCUCGCCAAGAGUUCGGCUUUGCUGCCCUUGGUGGACGACGAAGGAGAGGGACGAAACGAACAAGGUGAACCUAGCAUCAGCAUCACCCACGCAUCGGAAGAAGAUAUCUCGGGAUUGCCUAGAGCCGCCUCGCCACAGAAACCGUUCAUGAGACGAGCCCUCUCUGGGUUCGCUCGAGCACGUCCGGAAAGUCCGCAAUUGGUCAGGAGGACAUCGGGAUCGUCCUUCUUCUCCUUCUCCGCUGUCAGGCCGACCACGUCCAUCAGCAACACUCUUGGCGCUCAGGAUCACCAACUUCCGCCUUCAUCGCCUUCCACGGGCGCAGCACACUUGCCUUCAUCGCCAUCCUGGCCUCCACAUACCACCGCCCGUGGCCAUCGACCAACCAUCUCGCAUCAACUGGCCCGAUCGCCGGUCGUUCCUACGACCCGCGCUCGGUCUUCAAGCCAUUCGGACAUGAUCAACCUGGUCAACGGAUACAGUCAAGGAGGAGCGGCCAUUCGUACGGUCGUCUACUCGCCCGGCCCCGUCAAGGCCACCACGGUGGUUCAGAACGACACCGAUCUUCACGACGCGCCUCUCGAUCUCGAUGUCGAUGCGCAGACGACCCACACCCAUGCCCACGGGGAUAUCAAACCCGGCGGUCUCGGCCUGCACACGCAGGGUUAACGACAUACUUUAUGAUCUCGAGAAAUUGAUAGCUCUACGCAUACGUACCGAAUGUACAACAUCGUCGUGGUCAUUUUAUCUUUCUGGGUUUCCCUUAAUCAUGUAUUUUGUAUGGUUACUAGUCUACCCAGCAUGUCAGCCGUAACAACAUCGACCGAGCCAGUCCACGAAGUCCUGGAUAUAAAGAUGAAACGC